ACAUCAGCCUCUGCAUUAAUUUGUAUAGAUUAACCUCCCUACCUACCGGCAUUCCCCACCCCACAUCUCUCAUCAUGCGUUUCACUCCCUUUGCCCUUGCCGUGGCUGCGGCCCAGGGUGCCAUGGCUGCCCCUUCGCGCGAGACCAAGCCCAUCUCACGUGGCUUCGGCUGCGGCGCCCCGGAGCCGGAUGCCGAGCACAUCCGGAUCUCGCAGAAGUUCGCCGCCGAGGAGGCCCAGUUCAGGGCGGCGGGCAACUUCAGCAUCCAGGCCACCGUCAACGUGGACGCCUACUUCCACGUCGUGUAUGCCUCGAGCCGUGACGACGUCUCCGACUCGGUCCUCCAAUCCCAACUCAACGUCCUCAACCAAGCCUACGCGCCCCACGGCUUCCAAUUCACCCUCCGCGGCACCACGCACACCUCCAACGCCGCCUGGGCCGACGACAACAACGGCUACGAGAUGACCAUGAAGCGCGCGCUGCGCAAGGGCGGCUACAGCGCGCUGAACGUCUACUUCCUGCCCGAGAUGGGCAGCAACCUGGGCUACUGCUACUUCCCGCAGGCCGGCGGCGGCACCUCGGGCUCCUCCACCCAGAUCCGCGACGGCUGCACCGUGCUGAGCAGCUCCGUCCCCGGUGGGAGUACGGCUAACUACAACCUCGGCCAGACCACCACCCAUGAGGUCGGCCACUGGUUUGGUUUGUACCAUACCUUCCAGGGCGGCUGCUACGGGGCUGGUGACUCGGUGUCGGAUACCCCGGCCCAGGCGAGCGCUAGCAGUGGGUGCCCGAUCGGCAGGGACUCGUGCCCGAGCCAGGCGGGCGUGGAUCCCAUUCAUAACUACAUGGAUUACACUUAUGAUUCGUGCUACGAGGAGUUCACCGCCGGACAGCAGGCUCGCAUGGCCAGCUUCUGGAGCAACUACCGCGCCGGCAACUAAGGGGUUGAUAGUGGGGGGUUGAUCAGAAGGGACUGGUUGGGAGGGUUGGGUGAGUGUGUUGGGUUCUCUGGCGCUGAGGUGGGCGGAUGUUGUGUGAGUUGACUGGAGUUGCGGGCGGAGCAUGGUGAGCGUGUUAGUGAAGUUUAAAUUUCGUGAGUAAAUACUUUGGUUAGUAAGGUAUAUAGUUUUGUCAACGACGUUAUGAGGUUUUCCUCCCUGA